AUGGUUUCUCUGAACUCAUUAGCUGCUUUCUUUCUCUCUUCCCUUUUUCUAAUUUGGUUUCUAUGUGUAGCUGAAGAAGCCAGCUUUUCUACUCCCAAUGCCACCAAAAUUGGCCAGGGCUACCGUUUGAUAUCUAUAGAAAAUACCCGUGAUGGUGCCCUUGUGGGGCUCCUCCAAGUUAAGCAGAAGAACAAUAUUUAUGGUCCUGACAUUCUCCUUUUACGCUUAUACGUCAAACACGAGACUGAGAAUCGUUUGAGGGUACACAUAACCGAUGCAAAGAAGCAAAGGUGGGAGGUUCCUUACAAUCUUUUGCCAAGGGAGCAACCACCGGUUCUGAAGCAGAACAUUGAGAGGUCGAGGAAAAACCCAAUAUCAGUAGUGUCAGAGUACUCUGGCUCUGAGCUUAUAUUCAGCUACACUUCAGACCCGUUUAGCUUUGCAGUGAAAAGGAAGUCCAAUGGGGAUACCCUUUUCGACUCUAGUUCUGAUGAGUCAGACCCGUUUGGUCCAUUGGUCUUCAAGGACCAGUACCUUGAGAUUUCUACCAAAUUGCCCAAAGAUGCUUCCUUGUAUGGUUUGGGAGAGAACACACAGUCACACGGGAUUAAGCUGUAUCCAAAUGACCCUUACACUUUGUACACCACUGAUAUAUCAGCUAUUAAUAUCAAUGCUGAUUUAUACGGGUCACACCCUCUAUACAUGGAUCUCAGAAAUGAAGGUGGUAAACCUUAUGCACAUGGUGUGCUGUUGCUGAAUAGUAAUGGAAUGGAUGCGCUUUAUAAAGGAACCUCUCUGACAUAUAAGAUUAUUGGAGGUGUGAUUGAUUUUUACUUCUUUGCUGGGCCAACGCCUCUGAACGUUGUGGAUCAGUACACUUCAUUAAUCGGCAGACCGGCUCCAAUGCCUUACUGGGCUUUCGGAUUCCACCAAUGCAGAUGGGGCUAUCACAACCUAUCUGUUGUAGAAGAUGUUGUCGAGAAAUACAAGAAGGCUAAAAUUCCUCUUGAUGUGAUAUGGAAUGAUGAUGAUCAUAUGGAUGGUCAUAAGGACUUUUCACUCAAUCCAAUUAACUACCCUCGUGAGAAGCUUUUAAACUUCCUGGACAGAAUACACAGCAUUGGCAUGAAAUAUGUUGUCAUCAUUGAUCCUGGAAUUGCUGUUAACUCCAGUUAUGGUGUAUAUCAAAGGGGUAUGGAUAAUGAUGUUUUUAUCAAGUAUGAAGGCGAACCCUUCUUGGCUCAAGAUUGGCCGGGAGCAGUUUAUUUUCCUGAUUUUCUCAAUCCAAAAACAGUUUCUUGGUGGGGUGAUGAGAUUCGUCGAUUCCAUGAACUUGUACCUGUUGAUGGCCUAUGGAUUGACAUGAAUGAAGUUUCGAAUUUCUGCACUGGGAAAUGCAAAAUUCCAGAGGGAAGGUUGUGCCCAAUUCCGAGUGGAAAUGUACCUAAUUCAACAUGUUGCUUAGAUUGCAAAAACAUCACAAGCACACGGUGGGACGAUCCUCCCUACAAAAUCAAUGCUUCAGGUGUUCAGGCUCCUAUAGGCUUCAAAACUAUAGCCACUAGUGCAACUAACUAUAAUGGUGUUUUGGAGUAUGAUGCUCACAGCAUUUUUGGUUUCUCUCAAGCCAUUGCAACGCAAAAUGCCCUUCAAGGACUUCAGGGAAAACGGCCUUUUGUUUUGUCUCGUUCCACUUUUGUGGGUUCAGGCAAAUAUGUUGCACAUUGGACUGGUGACAAUAAGGGCACUUGGGAGGACUUGAGGCACUCAAUAUCUACAGUGCUCAAUUUUGGAAUAUUUGGCAUGCCAAUGGUUGGUUCAGAUAUAUGUGGUUUCUACCCAGCACCAACUGAAGAGCUUUGCAAUCGGUGGAUUGAAGUUGGUGCUUUCUACCCUUUCUCAAGGGAUCAUUCAAGCUACAUCUCCCCCAGACAAGAACUUUACCAAUGGGAGUCAGUUGCUGAGUCUGCUCGAAACACUUUGGGUAUGAGGUAUAAGCUCCUCCCAUAUCUGUACACACUGAACUAUGAGGCUCAUAUUAUUGGAGCCCCAAUUGCAAGGCCUCUUUUCUUCUCAUUCCCAUCUUACACUGAAUGUUAUGGCAUCAACACUCAGUUCUUACUUGGGAGCAGCCUAAUGAUUUCUCCUGUGCUUGAGCAAGGAAAAACACAAGUUAAAGCACUCUUUCCUCCUGGAAGCUGGUACAGUUUGUUUGAUUUAACAAAUACCAUUGUAUCAAAAGAUGGAGACUAUGUUACCCUUGAUGCACCUCUGCAUGUGGUCAAUGUGCAUUUGUAUCAGAAUACCAUUAUUCCAAUGCAACGGGGUGGACUGAUAUCAAAGGAUGCUAGGAUGACACCGUUCAGCCUCAUUGUUACAUUCUCAGCAGGUGCAACUGAAGGAGAAGCUAAAGGGAACCUAUUCCUUGAUGAUGAUGAGAUGCCAGAAAUGAAGCUUGGAAAUGGCUAUUCAACCUACAUUGAUUUCCAUGCAACUGUCAGAGAAGGAACAGUGAAAGUGUGGUCAGAAGUCCAAGAGGGCAAGUUUGCUUUGGAUAAAGGUUGGGUAAUUGACACGAUAAAUGUGUUGGGAUUAACAGGAAGUGGAGCACAACCAAUAAUAAAGGGUGUGUCAAAUGUGAACGUUAGUACAUCUGAACAUAAGUACUUGUACGGUCAGGGAGAUGGAGAAAAGAAGAUAGUGAUGGUAGGGUUGAAGGGCUUGAAUAUCCCUCUAGGUAAAAAUUUUGCUAUGACAUGGAAGAUGGGAUCAUAA